UGUCAUUUGUAACGAAUGUGCAAAAAAAAAACAUUAGUUUAUUAUUUGCAAAAGACUGUACACCAAUUAAAUAAAGAAUACAAAAAAUGGAAGCUGCUGGAAACUGGUGUUUAAUCGAAAGUGAUCCAGGAGUGUUUACCGAAUUGAUUAAAGAAUUCGGUUGUGAGGGAGCUCAAGUAGAAGAAAUUUGGUCAUUAGAUGAGGAGACAUUUAAAAGACUGGAACCGAUACACGGUCUUAUUUUCCUUUUUAAGUGGGUGCAAGACGAUGAGCCAGCAGGAACAGUGGUUAAAGACAAUCGCUUAGAAAAGAUAUUCUUUGCCAAACAAGUCAUCAACAACGCGUGUGCUACCCAAGCUAUUUUGAGCAUUUUGCUCAAUUGCAAGCAUGAGGACAUUAAAUUAGGCGAAACCUUAUCAAAUUUCAAAGAAUUUUGUCAAUUCUUCGAUCCCUACAACAAGGGUUUAACGUUAAGUAAUGCAUCACAAAUUCGCACUGUCCACAAUAGUUUUGCACGCCAAACACUCUUCGAACUCGAUUCGAAAAACCAGAAUAAAGAUGAAGAUGUCUAUCAUUUUAUAGGCUAUGUACCAAUUGAUGGUCGCCUCUAUGAAUUGGAUGGUUUGAAAGAAGGUCCUAUUGAUUUGGGUGCCGUUGGCACUGGACAAAAUUGGAUUGAUGUCGUACGUCCCAUAAUUGAAAAGCGGAUGAAUAAAUACAGCGAAGGUGAGAUUCACUUCAAUCUAAUGGCCAUUGUUUCGGAUCGUCAGAAAAUCUAUCAGCAACAAAUUGAUAAAUUGCUCAGUGGUGGCGAAGAGGCCAUGGAAACGGAUGAUGAUCGUGAAACAGAAAUAGCGAAGCUACGCUUUCUAGUGGACAAUGAAGUAGAGAAACGUAAGCGUUAUCGCAUCGAGAAUGUUCGACGUAAACACAACUACUUGCCAUUCAUAGUAGAAUUGUUAAAAAUGUUGGGAGAACGUGGCCAAUUGAUGCCCAUUUACGAAAAGGCUAAACAACGUGCUAUGGAACGGGAAGCUGCAGCUACAAAGAGCAAAUCUUAAACCCUUAUACCACUAGCAGACAUUUAUAAUUAUAAAUAUUGAGAGCGCACUUUUUUAUCAAGUGUUUCUAGUUAUAGUUGUGCCCGUCUAAGAGGGUUGUUUCUUUUUCUACAUCUUAUUAUUCAACUAUUUAGUCAUUUAAACAGCAUUUGUAAUGAUUUUUUUUUUAAUUUGAACUUUUUCAAACGUAUUUUAAUUUAAUUUUGUCUAAGAAGUUCGUACGUCUUAAGAAUAUUUAACUGCCUGAAAAAAACAAAAUUAUACAAAAUCAUUUUUGAUAUUUAUUUAACAAAAUUGUUAAUAUCUUUUUUGGUCAACUAUUAUUAUGAAUUAAUAAAGUACAACAGUUAAAAUUUAAACAAUA